UCUUGUUAUUCACAGGUUCUUAUUACACGUACAUCCGCAGAAACGAGCAGAGCAGUAGGUGCCACCUACAUGACUGCCUUUGGUGGUAGCACGUCACUUUGUCAGCUCUCAUUUAUUUUCAAUUGCAGAAAAUAGUAUUGCCUAUAGUUUUCCAAUCCCAGCUCCAAAAAGAUGUUGGCCGUUUUCGAGAGAUCAAUCGCUAAUCCCCCGAAAGAGCUGAGUCUUCCUGUUGGGAGGAAUCACUUGAACAGCUCCCCUGAAGAAAUUGCAGAAAUUUUCCGCUCAUGGAGAUCAGACUCCACUUUUUACAACCUCUCCAGUGGGAACUUCUUGGCUUUGUCGCAUCGAGAUGAAAAUCCGGCACAUCCCAGGUGUAUUAUAGUGAUGGAUGAUAUCUUCUGCAUAUUCUCUGGCGCACUGUACAACACUUGUGACCUCAGACGACACUACGGGCUGUCGAGACAAGCUACAGAAGCCAUGAUAAUCAUCGAGGCUUAUAAAGUUUUACGCGAUCGUGCACCCUAUCCUCCCGAUCAAGUUGUCAAAGAACUCGAAGGAAAAUUUGCUUUCAUUCUGUUUGAUUCAAAAACUUCAACCCUUUUCCUUGCCAGGGACCGUGAUGGAUGCGUGCAACUUCACUGGGGAACUGCAGCCGAUGGGUCGUUAGUAUGCACGGAUGACCCUAAUGUCAUAUCUGCAGCUUGUGGAAAAUGUUAUACGCCCUUCCCUCCUGGGUGCAUAUUCAUUAGCGGGAACGGGCUAAUCAGUUUUGAUCAUCCUCUGAACAAGGUAAGAGGAAUCCCAAGAGAGGAUGAGGAAGGAAACAUAAGUGCUGUUAUUUUCCAAGUGGACCUCUUCACCAGACUUCACAGCAUCCCUCGUAGUGGCAGUGCAGCAAAUUGGGCCAAUGCCACCGUCGUCGAAGGAGAGUAAGAGCUCAUGGUUUCCUUGUUAGUGCCAAGAUUCACUUUACUUGUUCUGUUUGUAAUAACUCUAGUGCGUUAAUAAUAUAGUUCAAACACUUGGGAUUUCCCAUGUUUGCUUUAAACUUCAACCUGGCAGCGAAUAAUGUCAAGUACCUAUGGUUGCCCUCUCCUCAAAACGGUCAACUUCUUAAUCAUAGUGGUCGAAAUUUCAUCAA